AUGAUACCAUUCUCCCCCCAUUACAGUAUGUCUUCAGUCCCAAGACUCGUCGUUAUUGGUGCUGGAUUUGCCGGAAUGUGGGCAGCACUCAGUGCAGCGCGCAAACGCGACUCGGCAGGGAAGCCAGAUCAGUCUGUCGAGAUUAUCUUGGUCGCCCCAGAGCCAACUCUUUUCAUUCGUCCUCGUUUCUACGAAACACAUUUCCACGACGCCAAAGCCCCGCUGCAGCAAGUAUUUGACGCAGCUGGUGUCCGCUACGUGCAAGGCACCGUCGUAAACAUCACGGCCGGCACCCAAUCCCUCCAGUCCAUUUCCUCGACCGGAGAAGUGACGACACUUGCCUAUGAUCGCCUGGUUCUUGCGAGCGGGAGCAAGCUAUAUCGGCCACAGAGCGUUCAAGGCCUUGCGGAAUUCGCAUUUGACGCCGAUGAGAUGACAACUGCGUAUAAACUCGACGCUCAUCUCAAGUCACUGGCUGGUAUGGCUUUCUCGGUCGCGCGCAACACCGUUGUGGUCGCGGGAGGAGGCUUCACUGGGGUAGAAAUCGCAGCGGAGAUGCCUCGCAGGUUGCGAGAGAUUCUUGGCCAAGAAACGCCAGUGAGAGUGAUUCUGCUCGAGAAAGGCGACAGAAUCGAUUUCAUGGGAGACAAACCAACACCGGUUGUCGAAGAAGCGCUCAAAAGCUUGGAAGUUCAAGUCUUGACUGGACAAAGCGUCAUUUCAAUCGACGAAAACGGAGUUACAACUUCAUCUGGCCUACACCUGGAGAGCAAAACCGUCAUUUGGACAGCAGGGAUGCGUGCCAGCGACCUCACCACCCAGCUAUCUAGUGAGCGUGAUAGCCUCGGCCGGCUACUCGUUACGCAAGAGCUCCAGCUUCCUGGUAGCGACGCCAUCUUUGUGGCUGGAGAUACAGCAAAUGUGGCUGCUGACGACGAGGGCCAUGUGGUGCUGAUGUCGUGUCAGCAUGCGAUGAAUCUCGGCAAGACUGCAGGGAACAAUGCGAUGGCUGAUUUGUUGAACCUUCCCCGCAUUUCCUACAGUCAGCCUGUGUAUGGGACUUGUUUGUCGUUGGGGCCAUGGGGCGCCUUGUUUACUAUGGGCUGGGAGCGCGAGGUCGAAAUGGUGAAGGAAGCUGGGUAUGAGAUGAAGACGCAAAUCAAUACUCAGUUGAUAUACCCUCCUCCUCCGAUUCGCGCCAAGAUCUUCGAAGAGGCAAACCCCAGUCUUCAGGUUAUAGCAUAG